AUGGUCCGCCUGGGCAGGCUGCUGCGGCUCCUGACCCUGCUGAAGUUGCCCUGCUGCCUGCUGGAGUUCCUGCUCUCGGAGGCGGCCCGGGGGCAGGAGAUGUACGCGCCCCACUCCAUCCGCCUGGAGGGGGACAUCACCCUGGGCGGCCUCUUCCCCGUCCACGCCAAGGGCCCCCCGGGCGUGCCCUGCGGGGACAUCAAGAAGGAGAACGGCAUCCACAGGCUGGAGGCGAUGCUCUACGCCCUGGACCAGAUCAACAGCGACCCGGACCUGCUGCCCAACGUCACGCUGGGCGCACGCAUCCUGGACACCUGCUCCCGAGACACCUACGCGCUGGAGCAGUCCCUCACCUUCGUCCAGGCUCUCAUCCAGAAGGACACCUCCGACGUGAGGUGCACCAACGGGGAGCCGCCCGUCUUCGUCAAGCCGGAGAAAGUAGUUGGCGUGAUCGGGGCGUCGGGAAGUUCGGUGUCCAUUAUGGUGGCCAACAUCCUCCGGCUCUUCCAGAUCCCACAAAUCAGUUAUGCCUCAACUGCACCAGAGUUGAGUGAUGACAGGCGCUAUGAUUUCUUCUCACGUGUGGUUCCUCCAGAUUCCUUCCAAGCACAAGCAAUGGUGGACAUUGUGAAGGCUUUGGGAUGGAAUUAUGUGUCCACUUUGGCAUCUGAAGGGAAUUAUGGAGAAAAAGGAGUCGAGUCCUUCAUGCAAAUUUCCAGAGAGGCAGGUGGGCUCUGCAUUGCUCAGUCCCUGAAAAUCCCCCAGGAUCGCAAGGACAAGACCAUCGACUUUGAUAAAAUUAUCAAGCAGCUCCUAGAAACUCCCAAUGCCAGGGCCAUCGUUAUUUUUGCCAAUGAUGAGGACAUAAAGCAAAUCCUUGCAGCCGCUAAGAGGGCAGAUCAAGUUGGUCAUUUCCUAUGGGUGGGCUCGGACACAUGGGGCUCCAAGGUGAGCCCGUUACUUCAGCAGGAGGAUGUUGCUGAGGGAGCCAUCACCAUCCUGCCCAAGCGAGCGACCAUAGAGGGGUUCGAUGCCUAUUUUACCUCCCGCACCCUGGAGAACAACAGAAGGAACGUGUGGUUUGCAGAGUACUGGGAGGAGAACUUCAACUGCAAGUUAACCAUCAGUGGGUCAAAGAAGGAAGACACGGACCGUAAAUGCACAGGACAGGAGAGAAUUGGCAAAGACUCCCACUAUGAGCAGGAGGGGAAGGUCCAGUUCGUGAUCGAUGCUGUGUACGCCAUGGCGCACGCGCUCCACCACAUGAACAAGGACCUCUGUGCCGACUACCCGGGGGUCUGCCCCGAGAUGGAGCACGCAGGAGGCAAAAAGCUGCUCAAGUACAUACGCAGCGUUAACUUCAACGGCAGUGCUGGCACUCCAGUGAUGUUCAACAAAAAUGGUGACGCACCGGGGCGCUACGACAUCUUCCAGUACCACACCACCAACACCAGUACCCCGGGCUACCGCCUCAUCGGCCAGUGGACAGAUGACCUCCAGCUCAACAUCGAUGAAAUGCAGUGGGGCAAAGGAGUGCGUGAAGUCCCGUCCUCGGUCUGCAGCCUGCCUUGCAAGCCGGGAGAGAGGAAGAAGAUGGUGAAGGGGAUGCCAUGCUGCUGGCACUGUGAGCUCUGCGACGGCUAUCAGUACCAGGCUGACGAGGUGACUUGUCUGCUCUGCUCGUACAACGAGCGGCCCAACGAGAACCGAACAGGAUGCCGUUCGAUACCCAUCAUCAAGCUGGAGUGGCACUCGCCCUGGGCUGUGAUACCAGUCUUCUUGGCUAUGCUGGGAAUUAUUGCCACCAUUUUUGUCAUGGCAACGUUCAUCAGAUACAACGACACUCCCAUUGUCCGGGCUUCUGGGAGGGAACUCAGCUAUGUCCUGUUAACAGGGAUAUUUCUGUGCUACAUAAUCACGUUUCUGAUGAUCGCCAAACCAAACGUUGCAGUGUGCUCCUUCCGGCGUAUCUUCUUGGGCUUGGGGAUGUGCAUCAGCUAUGCAGCCCUGUUAACUAAAACAAACCGCAUCUACCGCAUAUUUGAACAGGGCAAAAAGUCAGUGACAGCACCUAGGCUUAUAAGCCCCACAUCGCAGCUGGCAAUCACGUCGAGUUUGAUAUCUGUUCAGCUUCUAGGUGUCUUUAUUUGGUUUGCAGUUGACCCACCCAACAUCAUCAUAGAUUAUGAUGAGCAGAAAACUAUGAACCCCGAUCAAGCCAGAGGAGUUCUCAAAUGUGACAUUACGGAUCUACAAAUCAUUUGUUCCUUGGGUUAUAGCAUUCUUCUAAUGGUUACGUGUACUGUGUAUGCCAUCAAGACUCGGGGUGUCCCAGAGAAUUUUAAUGAAGCUAAACCCAUUGGAUUCACUAUGUACACUACCUGUAUAGUAUGGCUUGCCUUCAUUCCAAUAUUUUUUGGCACUGCCCAGUCAGCCGAAAAGCUCUACAUACAAACUACCACACUUACAAUAUCCAUGAACUUAAGCGCUUCAGUGGCCCUGGGGAUGCUUUACAUGCCGAAGGUGUACAUCAUCAUCUUCCACCCUGAGCUAAACGUCCAGAAACGGAAACGCAGCUUCAAGGCUGUGGUCACAGCAGCGACCAUGUCAUCACGGCUCUCGCACAAACCCAGCGACAGACCCAACGGCGAAGCCAAAACGGAGCUGUGUGAGAACGUAGACCCGAACAACUGCAUACCACCAGUAAGAAAGAGUGUUCAAAAAUCUGUUACUUGGUACACUCUUCCACCUGCUGUAUAG